AUAUUCCGAUUUCAUUGAUGGUAAAUAUUUCUUGAGAAAUUAGCGCUUAAAAGGACCCUAAUGUUCAAAGAAAAUCGCGUCUAGUAAAAAAUUUUGCUGAUAUUUUUUACUGAAAUUUCUGGUAUCGGCUUUAAUUGAUAUAAUAAAUAUGCCAGAGGAAUUUCAGAAAAAUCGUUGGAGCAGAAGUCCGUAACUAAAAGUCGCUCAAAAUUCAGCUGUGAAAUUGUUUUGGAAUUUCAAAAAUAAAUUACUAUCAGGUAGAAGGAGCCACCAGUUUGAAUUUUCGGGACAAGUAAAUUCAACGUUUGCUAAUUCUUAAAACAAAAGCCGAUUGCCUAUCGUGCUAUUCUUUAAAAGGUACUUUUUAGUUUUAGAAGCUCUAUAAAUUGCUCCAAACCUUGCUCUGAAGUAGAAUGACUUGUUCUUCGACAUUUUUAAAAUAUCCCUUUGCAGUUUUGGCUCAAACUCCUGCUGCAUACAUUUUGAUGUAUUGCAAUUCAUUUUCAACGACUUUUACUGCUGUUCGUUGCUUCCAACUCAGGAAAAAAGUAUUGAGAUUGGACGCUACCUCGUAUCAGAGCUCAGAUAGAACUGUCCAGCACCUUUGUUUAUGACUACAAAAUGAGCACGAGCGGCAGUUCUGCGAGGAAUUCGCACCUCACCCAGGGGGGGACGAACGACAAUGAUGACCAUGCCUGUGAACCGAAUAACAUCACAGUGCAAAAUAAAAUUAUCGCAAAAAUACUGCCCGUGAAUAAAUUUACAACUCUGAAAUUUUUGUCACCCUUCCUUCAAUGAAUGGGUAUUUUUCUUGAUUAUUAUGUUUUGCUCUGCAAUACAUGUUUAUACAGAUCGGUUCACAGACAUGGGUAUCAUUAUCAUUCGUCCCCCUGGCUGAGGUGCGAAUUCUCGCAGAGCUGCCGCACGUGCUCAUUUUCUGGUCAUAAACAAAGGCGCUGGACAGUUCUAUCUGAGGUUCGAUACAAGGUAGCUUACAAUCCCAAUACCUUUUUCCUGAAUUGGAAACAACGUACAGCAAGAAAAGCUGUUGAGGAUGCAUUGCAAUACAUCAAAAUGUAUGUAGCAGGAGUUUGAACCAAAACUGCCAAGGAUAUUUUAAAAAAUGUCGAGGAACAAGUCAUUCUACUUCAGAGCAAGGUUUGGAGCAAUUUAUAGUGCUUCUAAAACUGAAAAGUACCUUUUUAAAGAAUAGCACGAUAGGCAAUCGGCUUUUGUUUUAAGAAUUAGCAAACGUUGAAUUUACUUGUCCCGAAAAUUCAAACUGGUGUCUCCUUCUUCCUGAUAGUAAUUUAUUUUUGAAAUUCCAAAACAAUUUCACAGCUGAAUUUUGAGCGACUUUUAGUUACGGACUUCUGCUCCAACGAUUUUUCUGAAAUUCCUCUGGCAUAUUUAUUAUAUCAAUUAAAGCCGAUACCAGAAAUUUCAGUAAAAAAUAUCAGCAAAAUUUUUUACUAGACGCGAUUUUCUUUGAACAUUAGGGUCCUUUUAAGCGCUAAUUUCUCAAGAAAUAUUUACCAUCAAUGAAAUCGGAAUAUUUCGUAUUAUUGCCGAAUGAUAUAUGUUGUUCUUUGCAAAGUUUCGCAGCCAUCGCGUUAAAAUCGAAAAAGUUAUGACGGAAAAUUUGUCACAGCUAAACGCUCUUGUAUUAAUUACGGAGCCACCUUAAGCUUAUCAGUGUCACUCUCACCUUAGUUUUGAAAUAAAGCCAUUUUUCAACAGAUGAAUGUCUUCUUUUGUCUAUUGUUUAAAAAAUGUAUAAUAAAACAAUUAUUGAAUUCGGUUUUUGCAUGAUAUCAUGAAUUAUCAAAACCUCGUGUCUGUAUUAUCUGCCUCAGCCUUCGGCUUCGGCAGAUAACACAGACCUGUUUAAUGUUAGGUUUGUUUUCUCAGAAUUUCUCGCAGUGUCUGCAUGGUUUUCCAUUUUCAUCUUGUGUAGAAUUUACUUGUCCACCUGUAUUCUGUAGAGUGCUCUGAUAAUGCAGACACAUCUUAAUAACAUCAGUCAAUUUUGCCUUUAAUUUUUUUUUCCAAAUUAUUGCUCUAUGAGUUAGAACCUAUGCCUUGCUGAAACAUCACUAGCGAGCCUUAAGGUAAUUUCCAAAAAAUGUGGAAACAAUACGAAGAGAGGGCUUAGAACCAUAUUAUGUGUAAAUUAAUUGAAACUACAUGACAUUAUAUGGUGAAGAGAGAAGAGAAAAAGGGCAAGAGCAAGAGGACUCCAAGCCCUUGACAAACUCCUAGUAGUCCAUAGACAUCUUGCAGCUCUCAGUCAUCUGUCUAGUUCGCCCCCAUGUCACUCAGUCAUCAGAAAAACAUCUACCAUUUUGUGUUAUUUCAUGCAACAAAUGCUGUUGUUUGUAGGUUCGGAAGGAACAUAUGACACAUCAAAAGAAGAUGAAGUGAAAAAG